AUGAAAUCCGAGGCUCCGCGAAGGCAGCAGCGCAGCUCGCUUGUACACAGGGAAGAUGGCAGCUUCAUUGGAAGACGAAUUUGAAGAUGCGCCUGAUGUCGAGCCUUUAGAACCGACGCUGAAGAAUAUAAUCGAGCAGAAAUCUCUGAAGUGGAUAUUCGUGGGAGGGAAAGGAGGCGUUGGUAAGACCACAUGUAGCUGUAGUUUGGCUGUCCAACUGGCUGCGGUCAGGGAGAGUGUCCUCAUCAUCUCCACGGAUCCUGCACAUAAUAUCUCUGAUGCUUUUGACCAGAAGUUCUCAAAGGUGCCUACAAAGGUCAAAGGUUAUGACAACCUGUUUGCUAUGGAGAUAGACCCGAGCUUGGGCGUGGCUGAGCUACCUGACGAGUUCUUUGAGGAGGACAACAUGCUCAGUAUGGGUAAAAAGAUGAUGCAGGAGGCCAUGAGUGCCUUCCCUGGGAUCGAUGAAGCUAUGAGCUACGCCGAGGUGAUGAGGUUAGUGAAGGGAAUGAACUUUUCCGUGGUCGUUUUCGACACUGCUCCUACUGGACACACGCUGAGGCUCCUCAACUUUCCCACCAUCGUGGAGCGGGGUCUGGGUCGCCUCAUGCAGAUCAAGAACCAGAUCAGUCCAUUCAUCUCCCAGAUGUGUAACAUGCUCGGACUGGGUGACAUGAAUGCAGACCAGCUGGCUUCUAAACUUGAGGAGACUCUGCCAGUCAUCCGCUCAGUCAGCGAGCAGUUCAAAGACCCUGAACAGACCACCUUCAUCUGUGUGUGCAUCGCCGAGUUUCUGUCCCUAUAUGAGACAGAGCGGCUGAUUCAGGAACUAGCCAAGUGUCGCAUCGACACGCACAACAUCAUCGUGAACCAACUUGUUUUCCCCGACACAGAGAGGCCAUGCAAAAUGUGUGAAGCUCGCCAUAAAAUUCAGUCCAAGUAUCUUGAUCAGAUGGAGGACCUUUAUGAAGACUUCCACAUAAUCAAGUUACCACUGCUGCCACAUGAAGUUCGAGGUGCUGACAAGGUUAACACAUUCUCUAAGCAACUACUGGAACCCUACAAACCCCCAAACAAGUGACAUCCCCGCCCUCUACGGACCACACCUCCACAGGCCACACCCCUCCCAGCUCUCCCCUGCCAGCCUCAAAGCCUGCAGCAACCUCAAAGUGAUCCUCAGCCAUCCAGUGCAGAGCGUGCUCGCCGCCACCGCCACAAGGCGCACAUCCUUCCUGAAGGCGAGCCGCUGAAACACACACAGCGUACGCGACAUGUCAGACAAACGGUACAGAAUUAUUCCAACUCACCAUCUCUGUGACAGGUGUGCUUUAAAAAAAUAUAUUGUAAAUGUAAAAUUCAGACUUUCCAGCUUUGAUGUGAAACUGAAUCAUGAGAUAAAACUGCUUCUGGAUGUGAAGGUUUUCUUUAUUCUCCAGUUUAUUUCAACACAAACACAAUGCAGAAGUCAGUAACUUAAAUCCAUAUUUGUUCAGGUGGAUUCUUACAGAUGUGAUGACGGGAAGAAAAUGGAUUUUAAAAUGUUUAACAAAAAGUCUUAAAUUAUUUUUAUUUUUGAGAAUCUUUGCUAUUACAAUAAUGUAAACCAGAGCAGUUUGUUCUGCAGUCAUUCAGUUACAUAACGAAUCACACAAUUAUACUUUUGUCUAUAAAAACACACUCAUCCCUUUUGUCUUUUAUGACAUUGUUCAGACAGUUAAAAAAAAAUACUUUUUAGUGUCAAAGUGGGGAAAAGAACACUUAAAUAAUCUAAAAGUCAUGAGUUAUAUGAAUACUUUCCCUUCAUUAUCACACUCAUGAUCACUUUUACAGCCUGAUGGUUUCAUAUGAGUCAGACACUUUUUUUUUCUUUUUUUUUUCUUUGUUGUCAUAAAAACAGGAAAUGUUACAAGUGGGAUGAGUACAUUUUACACAAACAGAUUGUCUACAUUUACAGUUUAAAUGGCUUCUUCACUGUCAACUGCAGCGCUUUUGGUGACUGGGGGUCAUAGUUCAUCAUAUCUGUGAUUAAGGUGACGCUGGAUGUGAAAACAGUUUAUUUUGGAGUUGCUGAAUUGUAAAAUUUAAAGGCUCAUUCAGGGGUCACAGGAGAACUGAAGUCAUUAAGAGCUGAUUGUUAAUGAUUUAAGGAGUAGUUACAGCAAAUUUUAUGCAAAUUUCCUGUUUAUUAAAUGAAGUGCGAUUGGCUUAACUUUAUUUUUUAUUCCCAGACGUCAAGCUAAACCCGGAAUCUGUUCAUGUUCUCACUAAACGCUUUUGCAUAAAUCUGUUUUCUACAGAUUUUCUUUAAAUUAUAUUGCGAGUGUUAAAAUAAAACUUUCUUCAGUUGA